AGAAGGGUUUUGAAUUAUUAUGUUUUUCCACUACUUGGCCAUUUUAAUCCGACACGUUUACGUUAUGGUGUGCCGUUUGUAAACUUUUGUUGCUGAAUAAAGUGAUCUUUCCAGAUAGCUCGAACUUUGUUUAAAUCCCCCAGAUUUAGCAAAUAAACACCCCUAAAAAAUGUUUUGCAAUUUCCAAGUCACUUUUUCACAUAUAUAAAAAUUAGAAUUAGGCUAUAUGUUAAAUCUAAAUAUUGAAUCUAAAUCUAGAUCCUGAAUCGAAAUCGAGAUUGUAUAUCUUAAUCAAAAUCUUGUUUUUCAAUCAAAAUCCUAAAUCUAAAGGCUUAAUUUGAAGCUAUGUCGUAUUUAUAAAUCUGAAUCUAUAUAAUAUAUGCUAAUCAUAACACAUAUACUAUACAAGGAUUACAAACGGCACCUCAUAUUACAUGGCAGCCAUGCAGCCAGCAUGUGUUUCUUAACAACAAAUAAAACAAAUUAACAAGCAAAUAUCAAACUAAGGUCAAAUGGAGGUCCAAAUAUUUUAUUGGGUGAUGGGAAGUCUUUUGACAGGAUGCCAUUAAUUGCUGCGAUUCCUUUUAAUAAGGUUUUUUUUUUAGCUAUCAUUUUGUUUACGCUUCAAUGCUAAUUUAUCCACAAUGCAAGCAGUCUGCAAAACGUAUUUUCUGCCUUUCUGCCUCGCUUUCCCGUGGCCAUCAGCAAGUCUGUCUGACUGCAACUAUCAGUCUAACCGUCAUCUUUCCCUGUCUCCCCAAUCGUUCAUUGAUCAGCCUGUCUGUCUGUCCAUCCUGAGUGGCCAUCUGUGUGUCCCCCUGUCUGUCUGUCUGUCCAUCCUUUUUUCUGUCUGCCUGCCUCUCUAUCCGUCUGUCCUACCUUAACCUGUCUGACUGGAGAUCUGUGUGUACGUCUAUCUUUCCGUCCAUCUUUUCCAUGGUCUACCCGCCCUACCAACCCGACAAACUCCACAACAUCCGGCCAGUGGUCCGUGUGCAUUGGGGGUUGGUCUGUUGGCUGUUGUCAGAAGAACGAUGGGUAAACCGUGUCGAAACGGAACUUGGCUGUACACUCUGAUUGAUGAAUGCGUGGACUGUGAAAAGUCAUGCCAUCAGCCAAUGUGUACCGAGCACUGUGCAGCUAAUUGCACCGCCAUGGGAGGCCACUACUACGACCUCGGGCGCCAUCAGUGCAUCCGCUGUGCCGACCUGUGCGGGAGGCACCCGCAGGAGUGCAGCCAGUAUUGCCUCACCACACCACUACCAACCAUCCCCACCCCCACCCCCCCCACCCCCACCACCACCGCCACCUCCACGUGUGGACCAGGACACUCCCAGGUUCACUCAGCUGUCCUGCUGCCUGUCUCCAUCCCCCUGCUGUACUCCCUGAUGGGCCUUUGUGUCCUCGUGCUGCUGUGUAUCCUGGGCCUCUCUCUGCUGGUGUUCCUGAGAACAGCCAGAAAGAGAAGCCCAAGGCCGGUGAAGCCUGGGCCCUCGGUGAUCCCCCAGCUGGUGGGAAACGUUCAGCAGAGGGGCCGGGAUGAUGGCCAAGGCGACGGGGGGGAGAAUGGGAGGAUGUAUAAGCAGCCCCUGUCCGCCUGCACAUCCAACCCCACGGAGAGCUGCGAGUGCACCCACUGCUUCCCGGACCUCAGAGUACCGUGUCGGGGGGCAGUGGGUGAGGCCAAGCUAAUCUACUCCCUCCACCAGCAGACCUCCUCCUCCUUCUCCUCCCCUCAGCACAGCGGCACCGGCUGGGGUCAAGAGGAGCAGGGCCGUUGGGGCAAUCCGAGGUGGAUUCGGGGAGAUCCGAGCCUGUGAAAUGACUUGGAAACCCACUGGUGCUUCAUUUACCAUCUACUAUGUAGUCCAUGUCUUUGGGAGAUAUUAGCCACGCUUAUUAUACAAAGCAACUGAUAUAUUAGUGAGGUGUUGCAGAGAUUGAGGAUGGAGUCUUCCACCUUAGCCUCUACACCUGUGAUUCCAGAAACUGUGGGUUAGACAUCAAAAUCUAUAUUUUGGUUUGUUUGUUAUAAAAAAAAACAUAUGGUACAUAAUAUGAUACCAUGGUAUGACUUAUUUUGAUAGCUGUACCUAUGGUGUGGUUCCAGAACACUUUCGACAAGUAGGCUUUUACCGUCUGUACACUAUACUCUUGCCCCAGGCUACCAACAUUGUGGUCUGGUUUUGGAGGCGAGAGGGCAACCUACCCAUCCCUAUAUCCCCUGGCAUAGCAAGCUGCCAAGCAACAGAUGAUAGAGCCUAAAGGAUUGAGAGGAGCCUUAUCGUUUGUUAUCUUGGGCUAAGUGAGUUAUGGUUAUUCACCGGUGUUACCCUUUUAGUCGUGAGUACUAUUCUCUGGUGAAGGGUACAAUCUAAGGCUGUAGAUAGAACUUUUCGUUGUGGAAAAACUCACUUCUCUUCACGCUUUGAUUGUUUUUCUUUAGAUACACAUGAUUCUAUCUAAACCUCUACACCAUCUAAAGUUCAAACACAUGUUUUUCUAUUUACUAUAGUUGGGAUGAACCCAAUAACGAUGUCAGCCCUCCAAGACUUUUGGCUGUAAAAAAUGAAGAGAUUGUUUAAAGUCGAUUCAUUUGUGUCAAACUUUGUACAAAUAAGAGUAUUCUUGUCUGUAUGAAAUAAAUCGGUGUGACAUAA